UUAGAAUGCUUCAAUUGCCAUGUAACAAAAACCCCAUUAUGGCGUCGUACACCUGACCGAGCGCACUCACUGUGUAAUGCUUGUGGACUUUAUUACAAGCAAUAUAAUACACACAGGCCACUCCAUAUACAAGAAAAGCACCUAUCAAAACAACAAGGACAACAACAACAACAACAACAACAGCAGCAGCAGCGACAAAAUGACGAUGUGACAUUCCGAUCGUGUAUUAAGCGAAUGUCAUCCACACAAAGAAGUGAAUUCUUGAGCGUUUUAGAAAGGAAGUGUUCCAUUCUUCGCUCCGUAAUGUACAGCACCGAU